AUGUAUGCGUUUUCUACCCCAGAGCAAGCGUUGCUAAGGGUAAGCGACGCCCUGGGGCCCUGGGAAGUGCGAGCAGGAGUCGGCGGGGCUGGGCGGGCUGCAGGGGGCGCGCGCCCCCUGCUGGUCGUCCCGCCCAGCACAGUCGCAGUGGCCGAGGAAGCGAAAGCGAAAGCGAGCGCCGGUUCGCCGUGGCUUGGAAAGAGUCGCCAGCGCUCAGAAGGGGGAAAGCAAGUACAUACCGCGCGCGAGCACUUCAGAGGUCGGACCUCACCACUUAAUGCAACGACCUCCGAAGCCGCAGUGCCGGGGCCGCCGCCGCUUUCACCAUGUGGCUCCUGGACCGGAGACCCUGGGCCUCCCUGCUGCUGGUGGUCCUGGCCUUACUCUGGCUGCUUCACGGCAGUCCGGGGGUUCUGCUUCCCCGAGGGCUUCUGGGAUAUAUGGGAACACUACUGCCCCUGCUCUGCCUGGGGACCACCGUUUCUGUCCCUGCGGGCCCUGGUGACGGGGCCCUUGAGUGCUCCCCCAGUCAGAGCAGCUUCAGCCCCUUGGAGCUGGCUGCUGGUGGGGUAUGGGGCUGCAGGGCUCAGCUGUGCAGUGUGGGCCGUGCUGAGCCCCCAGGAGAGGGACCAGGGCCAGGAGAACAGCAAAGCCUUGAUGUGGAGGCUGCCGAAGCUCUCCAGGCCAGACCUGCCUUUCCUCUCUGCCGCCUUCUUCUUCCUCAUAGUCGCUGUGUUGGGUGAGACAUUUAUCCCUUACUAUUCUGGUCGUGUGACUGACAUUCUGGGAGGUGAUUUUGACCCCAGUGCUUUCGGCAGUGCCAUCUUUUUCAUGUGUUUCUUCUCCGUUGGGAGCUCACUGUCUGCAGGCUGUCGAGGAAGCUGCUUUCUCAUAACCAUGUCCAGAAUCAACCUGCGCAUCCAGGAGCAACUUUUCUCCUCCCUGCUGCACGAGGACCUCGGUUUCCUCCAGGAGACUAAGACAGGAAGUGCUUCUGGAGAUCCAGGACGCAGUGGUGAAAGCAGGGCAGGUGAUGCGGGAGGCAGUUGGAGGGCUGCAGACUGUGCGUGGCUUUGGGGCCCAGGAGCAAGGUCUGUCGCUAUAAAGAGGCUCUUGAAAAACACCGGCAGCUGUGCUGGUGUUGAGACCUGGAACAUGCCCUUUACGUGCCCCUUCAGAGGAUGCUGAACUUGGCGCUGCAGGUGCUGAUGCUGAGCUGCGGACUGCGGCAGGUCCUGGCCAGGGACCUCACCCGCGGUGGGCUGCUCUCCUUCCUGCUCUUCCAGGAGGACGUGGGCUCCUACGCGUGGACCCG